AUGACCGUGCGGAAAUGCAGCCAGCGGCAACGCCUCGGGUCUCAGCUGUGCCACCGGGCCCUGGGGACACGGAGCCUGGCAGCGUCCCCACAGCCCCAAGCGGGGUGACAACUCGGCUGCCCCACAGGGAUUGCCCACAUCCAUCUGUGGCGUGUCCCAGCUCAGCCGCCCCCUGCCCACCAGUGUCUGUGUGUCCGGGGUGGAGGGUGUCCCCCAGGGUGUCCCGUGCGGCGGCACUGCCACUGCCUGUCCCCCGCAGACAUCAUGGCUGACAAGGAGGGGGUGACGCUGUCGCUGGAGGAGGAGGAGGAGGAGGAUGCCGACGUGGCCCUGGCGUACAAGACGCCGGAGAAGAAGAGCCUGCGGGAGAUCCAGGAGCUGGACCCGGGGGACGAGAGCCUGCGGAAGUACAAGCAGGCGCUGCUGGGCGCCAUCCCUGCCACCGUGGACGCCAGCGUGCCCAACGUGCAGGUGACGAGGCUCACCCUGAUGUGCGAGCAGGCGCCGGGGCCCAUCACCAUGGACUUGACAGGAGACCUGGAGUUGCUGCGGGGCCGGGCCUUUGUGCUGAAGGAGGGGGUGGACUACAGGGUGAAGGUGUCCUUCAAGGUGAACAGGGAGAUCGUCUGCGGCCUGGGGUGCCUGCACCUCCCCUACCGCCGGGGCCGGCCCGGUGAG